AAUUUUUGAAGGAGGAAAUAGCAAAUAUGUUAAAAAAUGAAUUAAUUCAAAAGUCAUUCAGCUCUUGGUCUAUACCUAUAGUCAUGUUAUUAGAAGAAGAAAGAAAUUUUGAAACUACUACCACCAGCUCUUUUACCUCAGAUACACUUGAACUACCUGAGUUAACUUUACUAUACUCUUCUUCGUCAUACUUUCCUUCUAGUCAAUCAAGUAUAGUUCCAAUACAAGUAGACCCUGAUACUUGGACAACAAAACUUCAGAGUAAGAAUGAGUCUGGAACUUUGUUUCAAGAUAAAGGAAACUUGAAAGAAGACUUGGAAGGGACAUUUGAUGAAGAAAAUGAAGAUAAUAAGAUUAAUGGAAUUCUUGAUUGUUAUUUUUUCAAUAAAGAUGAAGUUUCCGAUGUUAAGAUUAAUCCUAAAUUAGUAAAAGAGCAAAAAGAUGAAUUGGAUUCUUUGCUACAAAAGAAUAUGAAAAACUUUACUUUCACUUCUGAUCAAGAAGUAUUAUUAUCCAUAGAAACAGAAAUAACCACUUACCCUUCGGAAACUGCAGAUACUAUAGAUUAUCAAGAUUCCUUACUUAAAAAGAUGGAACAAGUUAUAGAAGACCUUCAAGAAGCUAAGAAUCAAGCUCAAGAUAGAAUCGCCAAAAGUCAAUCGAAACAACAGCUCCGGUAUCAGGUCAAAACUACUAUUGAGACCUAUAACAUUGGAGGUCUAGUUCUACUAUAUAGAAUGGAAGUCUUUACUGUUGUCAUUGAUUAUGUUACUCAAGAAGCCUCCUUCUUUUUCCAUUCUUUAAGCUUCAUAUCAAGCCCUGAAGAUUCUUAA